AUGUCAUCUAAAAUACAAUGCAUAAGAAAUAUAAGUAGAAUAAGAAAUAUAAAUAGAAUAAAAAUACAGAGAUACCUACAUGUGAAUAGUAUACUAAAUCAACAAAUAAAGAAAGGUGCUAGACUAAAAAACUUAUUUAAAAAAUUUGAAAAAGAACCAAAAUUCUUUGAUUUUGAAACCAAGGUAAAAAACCAACAAGAUGAAAUAAUGAAAAUUGAUCAAAAUCCAAUAGAUACAGAAGAAUCAAAGACGGAAAGAUUUUCCGAAAUUGAUGGUUUUCAUAAAUUAAGUCAGUUCAUACAAGAAGCAUACCCAAAGAAACAAAAAGAGGAUAAUAAUUUCAUUGAUUCAAUUUUAAAUACGGAGAAUUCAAAAUCAGCAAUCAAGUCAUUGGAUAUAGAUAUAAAGAAUAAAUUAGAUGAGAAAUGUAAAGAGGCGUUAAACCCAACAAUAGAGUUCCUAGAUUCCAUACCCAACUCGUUAGAAUUAUACAAAUGUCUAUCAAGUUUUUUUAAUCAAACAAGCAAGUUAUUAGAAGAUCACAAGAGCUUCAACAUAAUUUAUCUACCAGAACUAUCAAAUAAAGAAUGGUCAAGUGUCCAUGAUGAUCUAAUUGAGAGAAUUGCAACUCAAUCAACAGAAUAUCCAAAAGAGCCGUUAAUCAACGUUUUAACAAUUCCAAUCAUACUCAAUUUCAGUUUAAAGAAAAUUGGAUUCCGUUUUUAUAAUGGUCCAUUAGCUAUGUCUAUAUUCAAUCAAUUAAAAUCAAACGUCCCAUUGUAUUUCAUUUCAUGUAAUCAACAAACCUACAAUGAAAUAUUAAGAAUCGUAUGGAUAUACUAUGGAAUUAUAGAUUUAUAUCAAUUUGAAAAGAAGUUUACUGAGAUGAAAAUCAUGGGAUAUGAGGGUGAUGUCACCACGUUCCAUAUUUUAAAAGUUGUAAUUGAUGAGUAUAAUGGUUUAAGACAUGGGAAAUCUGAUUUUAACAAGUAUGGUACUGAGAUUCAACCAAUAGAGAAUAUAGAUCGUGAAAGAUUUUUGAGACAUGAGUUUAUAAACUUGAAGCAUAGAUUGAAUAAAGGUGAUGAAGAAGAAGAAGAUACUGCUGCUGAAGCAAAAGCAUUAUUAAAAGCCUUGAGUCUAUAA